GCCAAGUCAACUCAGUAAUGGCAUCUCCUUCUUCACUUCAACAUCUUCCUUUUCCACCUUUCUCUAGAAAACAUGACUCUCUAAUUUUUUCAAUUUUAAAAGGAAAACAAAAAAUUAAAAAUCAAACAUAGGAUUGCAUCUCAAAUCAAUUCAUUCAUAAAUCAUAUGACACCACAUGGCCUUAAAAACAGCAAUGCUUUGUUAUCCAAUUAAUGGUACAAAGAAAUUGUUUUGAGUUAGUCAGAAGGAGCAUUUUUCUUAUUUCAUUUUGUCAACUUUUCUUUUCCUGCCGUAUUUUAUUCUAGUUGGGUUCUGAAAUUUGUUGAUAGUAUUUACUUUGGAAGUCUAAUUGCGUUUCUGGGUUCUGAAAAAAGAUUUGAAAUUUAUGGUAUAGAGGUAAAAUAUAGAGCUUCUUCUGUGAGGGGUGAGAAAAGGGCUCCAAUGGUUAAACUCGAGAGGUUUCCAGGGGUUACGGAUGAAUUGCAGCAGAUAUUGGACGCAAACAUGGAUGAAGUUGGGCCCCGACGACGUGCUCGUGACGCCUUUAAGGAUAUUCAACUCUCAAUUGAUCAUCUUUUGUUCAAGGUACUUGACGAUUUGUGUUUUUAUUGAUUGGUGAUUUGAUAAAGCUUAAGCCUUUAUGCUCACUGUUGAAGGAAGUUAUUGCCUUUCUUCAUUUAAUCCAUUAGUUUCAAGGUAUUAAUCUCAUGGUAUCAAUCCGAUUUAAUUCUAUCCUGGACCUGUUUAAUCUGAAAUAGCUUAAUUGUACAAUAGGAAUCAAAGACUGUUUUGUUUUGAAGAUAUUUUCAUGCAAGCUAAGUAGGGUCAUUUAUUACUCGUUUUGAUGUGGGACGAUGUGGUAUCCUAUAAUAGCAAUUGAGCAUGAUGUGUCUUAGCUUCUGCAGGGUAUACUUUAUUAAUUCUUGUUCAUUAGAACUUAUUGAUAACUAUUCAGUUAAAGGAAGUAACUUUAGCUUUACUAAAUCACGUGACUGUUACAGAGGUUAUUUAUUUUCCAAUUGCUGUUUGUAGUUCUUGAGGAAUGAUUUUAGGAUACUCUCAGCCUCCUGUUGAUACUGAAUUUUUUGGGUGUAUUUCGUAUUUGCCUGUUUGCAGACUCCAUGUGAUGGGUUGAAGAUGAAAGAGGUACAUCUUUCAAUUCGACCAUGCUUUUGUUUUCUGCUGAAGAUUUGCACGUUGCAUCCUAGCUUAUAAAUGUCUUUAAAAAUCUGAUAAUGAUAAAUGUAUCUUUUCUUGGAUGUGUUUCUGAAUCGAAGAUUAACUUAUGAGACACAUUAUACCUUUUGAAAUGAAAUGAAAACAAAGCUUUACGGAUCAAAUCUGUCACCUGUUGUUUCUCAACAUUCUUUUUCAAGUUUCAUUUCUAAUCUGCAAAUUCGGUUUUGUAGUUCACAUUUUCAGAACUUUUCACUUGAAACAUAUGUCACGGUAUAUAAAUAGCUCCACUGCAUCACCUGUUCAUGUAAAUGUUCUAUUUUGAGAUUUUAAAAUCCUGUGAUGCAGUCGUAUGAGGUGAAUUCAAAAGGAGUGGAGAUUUUUACAAAAAGUUGGCUUCCUGAGGCCAAUCAACCAAAGGCUGUGAUAUGUUUCUGUCAUGGUUAUGGCGACACUUGCACCUUUUUCUUUGAAGGAAUUGCCAGAAAGUUUGCAUCUGCAGGCUAUGGAGUUUUCGCCAUGGAUUAUCCAGGAUUUGGUCUUUCUGAGGGUCUUCAUGGCUAUAUUCCAAGCUUUGAUGGUCUUGUGGACAUUGUUAUUGAGCAUUACUCUAAAAUUAAAGAAUCUCCAGAAUUUCGUUCUUUGCCAAGCUUCCUUUUUGGACAAUCUAUGGGUGGAGCAGUAGCUCUGAAAGUGCAUCUAAAACAGCCUAAUUCAUGGACUGGAGCUAUUCUUGUCGCACCAAUGUGCAAAAUUGCCGAUGACAUUACUCCGCCUUGGUUAGUGAAGCAAGUUCUUAUUGGUAUUGCGAAGCUUCUACCAAAACAGAAGCUAGUUCCUCAAAAGGAUCUGGCUGACUUAGCAUGCAGAGAAAAGAAGAAAAGAUAUGCGAUGGACUACAAUGUUAUUUCAUACAAGCACAAGCCCCGUCUAAGGACAGCCCUGGAGUUACUGCACACAACUCAGGAGAUUGAGAAACAAUUGGAUAAAAUUUCUCUGCCGCUGUUGAUCCUCCACGGAAAAGCUGAUAUGUUGACUGAUCCAUCUGUUAGCCAGGCACUGUAUGAGAAGGCAAGAAGUACAGAUAAGAAACUGAUUCUUUACGAUGAUGCUUAUCAUUCUCUUCUCGAGGGCGAGCCAGAUGAGAUGAUACUCAGAGUAUUUAAUGACAUAUUUUCUUGGCUUGAUGCCCAUAUUGGACAAAAGCUCGAUGAAUAAAUUACCUAUUGGAUCGUCCCUCAUUUUUAGUUUUUUCAAUUUGUACAAAUAAUAAUUGAAAAGGUACAGGGGGGGGUUUUGGUACCGUUUUACCAUUGCUUUGUACGCUGCAUUAUUAUUUUUUUUAUUUUCCUUUCUUAACAAAAUAAUAGGAAAAUUCUUGUUUCCGUCAAAACAUUUUGUUUGCAAUGCCAAGAAUCUCUCUUCUCUAUCUCGUUUUUUUUUUUUGCCCUAUAUUAAAAAGACAGACAAAAAUUCAUUGAA